AGCCCGUUGCAAUGAAUAAUUGAACUCUAAUCCUAAAUAUUUACAUAGUUACCUUAACCCCGUGGCUUAACGCCGUGUGUGUCUUACGGGAGCAGAUUAAACACGAAAUGGCUUACAACAUAUACGUAAAGAGCAUUGGCCUUUCAAUUAUUCUUAUAAGAGGGUUUGAUAAUAACUUCAGCGAACUGGUCGUCUACUCUUCUUCUUCACCCAAACAUACACCAGCCGUACAUCAAGCAGCAUGACUACCACCUUCACCACGCCCAAGAAGCAGCUUACCUGGCUCAUUACAGGCUGCUCCUCUGGAUUUGGCCUCUCGCUCACUCGCAUCGCGCAGGCAGAAGGGGACAAAGUGAUUGCAACUUCACGAAACCCAUCGCGUACACCCGAGCUCGUCAGAGAGGUCGAAAGUAAAGGUGGCAAAUGGCUCCAGCUGGACCUUGACAACCCAAACAAUGCCCAAGUUAUCGAACAGCUUGAAAAUUCAGGUCAAGAGAUUGAUGUAUUGGUGAACAAUGCGGGCUUUUCCAUCUUUAGCCCAGUCGAAACCUCUACGGAGGAGGAAUACCGCGCGCAGAUGGAAUCAAUGUACUUUGGUCCGCUGCGGUUGAUCCGAGCUGUGCUGCCUCAUAUGCGCAAACGGCGGUUCGGCAUCAUUGUAAAUAUGAGCAGUGGUGCGGCUCUAGAGGGUAGAGAUACCAUGGGUGGGUAUGCCGGGGCCAAGGCGGGGCUCGAUGGUACGUGUAUCUUUUCCACCAGCAUUUUGUCUGAAUUGAAAACUGAUGCUGGAUUGGUUUCAUGGACAGGUGUGACAAAAGUCAUGGCAAAAGAAGUAGCGCCGUUCAACGUUCGAACCUUGACUGUCAAUCUGGGUACAUUUAACACCGACAUGCCCAAUGCCGCCACAUUUGGAAAAAAUCCGCUGCCGGAUGAUUAUCAAGGUUCUGUUUCCGCGCAGAUGAUUCAGGUAAUCAAAAGCGGCAAGCUUCCCAUCCUCGGUGACAAGGACAAGGCCAUGAAGGCAGUGUACGAAGUCGUAGUAGGGGAAGGUGUUGGGGCCGGAUACGAAGCCGAGCGAUUCCUUCCGCUGGGCAGUGACAUGACGCCCCGGGUGAAGCAGGUGCAGCAAUAUCUUGCUCACGGCCUGGAGGUCUUCGGGCACGUCACCGAUAAUGUAAAUCUUGAUAGAUGAGUCAAAAUGUCAUAACGACGACGCACAUCUCUUGAGAAGAACAAGAACGCUUCUCUGGGCCACAUUUCUCCGCUCCUAGAUCAUAUCGAGCAUAUUUGGGACAG